AUGAACAAGAUCAAGAUUAUCAACGAGGAUGCAUGGGCGUAUCUAUCAAAGUGGGGAAGAGAACACUGGACCAGGAGUCAAUUCAGUCACAGGCCUAAAUUGGAUAGCAUAUGUAAUAAUGCGUGCGAGGUAUUCAACUCAAAAAUUAAAGAGGCCAGGGCCAAGCCAAUCAUUACUUUGCUUGAAGGUGUGAGAAUGUUUGUCAUGAGAACAAUAGCUAAUAACAAGGUAAAAUUAGCUAAUCAUGUGGGUAAGUUACCGCCAGUAAUUCACAGUCAUCUGGAGAAAGUGAGAAAAGAGUCAAAACAUUGGCACCCAAUAUGGACAGGUGAUACUGGUUAUGAGAAAUUUGAGGUACACGGUUACCCAGCCAACCAUGUUGUUGAUCUAGGAAAAUACCUAUGCACAUGUCAAUUUUGGAUGCUGACAGGAAUACCCUGUGUGCAUGCAUGUGCUGCACUAGCUAGGGUGAACAAGAAUCCAGAGGAUUUUUGCCACAAACUAGUUACUAUGGACUCAUAUAGGGAGACAUAUCAGCAUCAUAUUAAUCCCAUUCCUGGGCAGACUUUCUGGGAGGUUUCAGAAUCUCUUAAGCCCCAACCUCCAAAGAUUAAGAGGGGGCCAGGUAAGUUACAACAAAAAAGGCGGAUAGGCACAGAUGAAGCUAAGGGUGGCUCAAAGAAAUCCAAACCCACUUCCACCAAGGACAACACAAACCUAAAGAGGCAGCUUGCACCAUUCACAUGCAGCUACUGUGGGAAAAAAGGACACACAAAGAGGGGUUGUAAAAAGAAAAAACUAGCAGAUGUUGCUGCAAAAGCCAAAGCUGCUGCUGCUGCACAAGCAAAAGCUGCCGCUAAGAAUACAGCUAGAGCUGAAACUAAUGUUGUUGAAGAUGGAUCCGAAUGCCACUGA